AUGAGGUUGCAAGAACUUCAAGAUGCUAUAAACAAACUUCCAUUGAGACAUCCAAUUGACGUCAAAUUGUAUUGGAGAGCUUCUGAGUUAGGUCAGAAGGUUUUAUAUGAAACAGGUUGCUUCGACGAUGUUUAUGAGAUAACAGGAGAAGUUUCUCAGAAGAUAAGAGACUCACUUGAAUUUCCACAAACUGGACCAAUUGGUUGCGACAAGUUCGACUCAGAUGAAAAGAUAUACUAUGUCGACCUUAACGCUGCAUACAUGAGGUUUGUCCAAUAUAUUCCAACUGGAAUUCCAAACGAAGAUGGUGAGUUCCCGGGAAGGAACUAUACAGUUGGAAAAGUCAUACAACAACUGUAUGAUAUUAGGAAAGCUUCAAACCCCAAACUUGCAAUGACACUCAAAUUGCUUAUGAAUUCGACAUGGGGAUAUUCCAUUAAGAAACCUCAAGAGAUGAAGAGUAAACACUAUGAGAAGGUCGACAACUUUGUUGAAAGGUUCUCCCCCUUUGUUUUGAAAUACGAGUUCACCGAAGGUCAAUGUGGCUCAGUAACCACAUUAAAACCUAUUGUCGAACAUUGGUCCUACCCUCAGUUCGCAAAGGCAGUCCUUGACAACUACAACAAAUUCUUCUCCGAAGUCAAAUCCAAAGUGAAGGUUUACUAUGAGAACAUUGACGCACUCAUGACGAACGAAGAAGGAUACAACAAACUCAUUGAAAUGGGAAUGGUCGGUGAAAAGAUGGGCUGUUUUAAGCUAGAUAAGGUAUUUUCUGAAGUUCAUGUCCUCUCCAAGCGUAAGUACUGGGGCAUACUUGAAGACGGCACAGAAAUAAAACAUUGCAUGAAAUAA